GCCUCCGGAAUGUUCGCACACCUUGUGCCUGCGCCCGAGUCGGAACGGAGAGAUCCCGUGGCGAGCUCUAGGCGCUGCUCCAGCGUCCGAGCCCGGCCGGGCGGCGAGCACCGGCGCACACUCCCUCCUGCCCCCUCUCUUUCCCCCCACCUCCUUUUCCAGCUGCAACUCCCGGCCGAGUUGCCCCAGAGACCGCGACGCCGCCGCGCCGAGGGACCAAUGAGAGCCCCGCUGCUGUCGCCGGCGCCCGUGGUGCUGUCGCUCCUGAUCCUAGGCUCAGCCCAUUAUGCUGCCGGAUUGGACGUCAAUGACACCUGCUCUGGGAAAGGGGAACCAUUUUCCGGAGACCACAGCGCUGAUGGACUGGAGGUUACCCCAAGAAGUGGGAUGUCCUCAGGAAGUGAGAUUUCCCCUGUGAGUGAACUGCCUUCUAGUAGGGAACUGUCCUCCGGGAUCGACUAUGACUAUGCGGAAGAGUAUGAUAACGAACCACAAAUAUCUCGCUAUAUCGUGGAUGAUUCAGUCCGAGUUGAACAGGUAAUUAAGCCCAUGAAAAACAAAACAGAAGGUGAAAAGACUUCAGAUAAACCCAAAAGAAAGAAAAAAGGAGGCAAAAGUGGAAAAAACAGAAGAAACAGAAAGAAGAAAAAUCCAUGUGAUGCAGAAUUCCAAAAUUUCUGUAUUCACGGAGAAUGCAAAUAUAUAGAGCACCUGGAAGCCGUAACAUGCAAAUGUCAUCAGGAUUACUUUGGUGAACGGUGUGGGGAAAAGUCCAUGAAGACUCACAGCAUGGUUGACAAUGAUUUAUCAAAAAUUGCUUUAGCAGCCAUCGCUGCCUUUGUGUCUGCCGUGAGCUUCACGGCUAUUGCUGUUGUUAUAACAAUCCAGCUUCGAAAACGAUACUUCAGGGAAUAUGAAGGAGAAGCUGAAGAACGAAAGAAACUUCGACAAGAAAACGGAAACGCACAUGCCAUCGUGUAACUGAAGAUAAUAUUACAGGGUAUCGAAUCGGAUCACUGCCAGGUCACAGCCAUGAGUGAUGAGUUGGUUCCUCUUUUCAGUGGAUCAUAAGAAAACAGAACCUUUUUGUUCUGAUGGUUUUAAACUUUCAACUGUUGCUUUUUAUGCUAAGUCUUAUUUCUGUACAUAAAGAUGCAUGGAGAUAAAAAGUAUUUUUUCAAGUUGUAAAUAAUUUAUUUAAUAUUUAAUGGAAGUGUAUUUAUUUUACAGCUUAUUAAACUUUUUUAA